AUGGGGACGGUGGACAGCGGCUACCCGCGCUCCCCGCGCGGCGCCAUCAAGAUCGCCCGCAUGCUCAUGGCUCUGGCCGCCUUCAUCUGCUUUGUUGUUUCACGGUCCCACGAAGCCUACACGGCGCUUGCGGUCAUCGAAGUUAUCGUCACCUUGCUGUUUUUCCUCCUGUACUUACUAAAACUAGAUAAAAAGAUGAAAUGGCUCUUUUGGCCUCUGGCUGACAUUUUCAACUCGGUGAUUGCAGCUGUGUUUCUCCUAAUUGUGUGCCUGUUUGCCAUAAUAAUCAAGACAAACUAUGGGACGCUGGUUGGGGGAGUGUUUGGCCUUGUAUUGCUUGUUCUGUGCAUUGUAGAUGCAGUUGUUCUUUUCCGCAAGAUCAGCCUUAGUGGACCCAGAGAAAGGAAUUAUCCUACCAGAUGAGAGCUUCUCUAUUAGCUAAAGAGUAAUUGUUCAAUAAGGCAUUUGUGUUACCAUGUUCGUCUAAAAAAUUUGUAUUUUCAUGUGUUCACUUUUGAAUUGUCUGUGUAUUUUUCUACCUUUUCACAAGUAUUGUUCCUAAGUAUUAAUAAUUCUUGCACUUAAGUAUUUUCAGUGUUGCAGUUUUGCUGAUUUAAGCAUCACAGUUUUUCUAAAGACUUUUUUCCCA